GGGGAAUUAGCGGCCCUGAUUUUCAGUCAAUUCAGGGGCUCCCCACUCAACCCAUCUCUUCUUUUCCCCUGACAUCUUCAACCUCUCUUGUAAUUUCUGCUGGAGGUGCUGCGUUUUUUGAACCUUCGCUGCCUCUCGCUGCCUCUCGCUGCGGUUUCCUCACAUUCUGACACUCAUUGAAAGACUAACUUGGUUUUAUUGCAUCUUCCUUUUCUUCCUUGUCGCGCCAAUUAUCAUUGCCUCGCAUUCCGGUGACGAACAGGUGAAACUGGCACGUCCCGCUGUGUAAUAUCGACCAAGGCAAAAACGACGUCGCGUCCUCGCGCCCUCCGGCGCUUCUCCUGAUCAGAAUCCUCUCCGUAUCGCGAACCUCGUACCGCCAAGAUGCGUUAUUCGACAUCCUCACUCGUUUCCGCCGCCCUCCUGAUGGGGCAGGCGAGCGCGGCUCUUCCGCCGAUUGUCAUGAAGGGAACCAAGUUCUUCUACGAAAAUGGCACCCAGUUUUUCAUGAAGGGCAUUGCUUACCAACAAGAAGUCGCCGCCGGUGGCGCUUCUACGGGCAGCACCAAGUACACCGAUCCUCUUGCGGACGCAGAAAUCUGCAAGCGCGACGUUCCUCUGCUCCAGGCUCUCGGCACCAACACGAUCCGCACGUACGCGAUUGAUCCCACCAAGAACCACGACGAGUGCAUGAAGCUUCUGGAUGAUGCGGGCAUCUAUGUCAUCAGCGAUCUCAGCGAGCCUGUCCUGUCCAUCAACCGCGACGAUCCGCUGUGGAACACCGAGCUGUACAAGCGCUACACGGACGUGGUGGACAGUCUCAGCAAGUAUAGCAACGUGAUUGGCUUCUUUGCUGGCAACGAGGUUACGAACAACAGGACCAACACGAUGGCUUCGGCCUACGUCAAGGCCGCCGUGCGCGAUACCAAAGCCCACAUCAAGAACAAUGUCAAGCGCUGGAUGGGUGUCGGCUAUGCCGCCAAUGAUGAUGCCGACAUUCGCACCGACAUGGCCCACUACUUCAACUGCGGCGACCAGGAGAGCGCCAUCGACUACUGGGGCUACAACAUCUACUCGUGGUGCGGUAAGAGCAGCAUGUCCGAAUCGGGCUACGACAAGCAGGUAGAAUUCUUCAGCAACUACUCAGUGCCUGUAUUUUUCGCCGAGUACGGUUGCAACCUGCCCGAUGGCGCCGAGGGUCGUAUCUGGGACGAGACUACCGCGCUUUACUCGGACGAGAUGACCGGCGUCUUCUCGGGCGGCAUCGUGUACAUGUACUUCCAGGAAGCCAACGAUUACGGCCUGGUCACCGUCAAGAAUGACGAAGCCACCACCAUGAAGAAUUAUGACGCCCUCAAGACCGUCAUGUCUUCGGUCGCUCCGUCAUCGACCGCCAUGGACUCGUACCAGCCCACCAACUCCCCGGCCGCCUGCCCCCCAAUCAGCAACACCUGGAAGGUCAAGGGCAACGCCCUUCCGCCGACCCCAGACACGUCCCUCUGCGACUGCAUGUUCAACUCCAUCUCUUGCGGCCCUUCUUCGUCGCUCAAGGAGACGGAAUUUGGUGACAUCUUCGGCUUCAUCUGUGGCGAGAGUCCCGAGGCGUGCGCCGGAAUCAACCGCAACACCACCACCGGCGUGUACGGUGCGUACUCGAUGUGCAGCGCCAAGCAGCAGCUGGGCUACGUGCUGGACCAAUACUACAAGUCGCAGAACUCGGCCAGCGGUGCGUGCGACUUUGACGGCAAGGCCGAGGUCAAGUCGUCGUCCGUGGGCAAUGGCUGCCAGGAGAAGCUGGAAAGCGCGAGUGCCGCCAACAGCGUGGCUGCCACGGCUACGGGGCUCGACGGUGCGGCCUCCACUGGCGGCGCCAGCAACGGCACCGACGAGAACGCGGCGCCCUCAUUCACUCAAGGGCCCCUGAUGAGGCGCCUUUUUGCCUUCGGCGGCUUGGAGGUGGGCCUGUACAUGGCUGUCGCGCUGUUUACGGGCGUUACUAUGCUUGUUCUGUAAAUGGCAGGCUGAUCUGUCCUCGGCCGAACGGAAAGGGCGCAUCUGUGUUCUUAGGAAAAUUCAAAGGGGCUAAGGUGGCUUGUGAUUGAUUUGGUUCUGAGCUGCGUCUGCAGCGUAAUUCAGGAUGCCUGCAGCAGUUGUAUGUAUGUGACAUUCCCAGCGUGGCUACAUAGACGGAUCACCGUUGCGACACGGUGGUUUCCUUGUUCGAUUAUUUAAUGUUUUGUUGCUACGCUCCAUGCCACAUUGUGUAGUGACUUUGUGUACGCUGGUUCUGGUUGUGCAUUCUAUCAUGCUUGCGAGAAGCAUCCUGAAGGUGAAGAGGCUGGCACACCGGCACACGGAUGCUCCCCCGGUAGCAC